UUAGCAUUUUCCUUCAACAUUACAUAAACUUCCAAAUUAUGCAUAGUAUUAUGUAUCACCCUUUGAUCAAAGAUCACAAGAUUGUUUGCCAGAUCGAUAUCUUUUAAUUUUUAAUAAGCAGCUGACAGUAUGGGAAGAGAGAUAACUCCUGUAUUUAAUGUUGAAUAAUUUUCCAUUUAUGCAUUCCAUUUAAUUAUGCUGUAAAAUACUGUGAUGUUUGUUGAUUUUCAUUAUUUUCCGUGUCUUCUCUUUGCUGUGUAAAUUGACCAGAAAAAUUAAUCAUCAUGUAACAAGAAAUAACCUGUAGCCUUCACACAAAUCACAAAAAGCCCAGGUGACUGUAACAUUUGAUAAUCUUAUUUUCAUUUUUACCAUUUUGCGAGUUAUCAUUUUUAUCUUAUGAUGCCUUCCAAUUUUCUGUAUUUGUAGAAUAUUUGUUUUGUAUUUUUUAACUGCCAAUCAGCACUUUAAAUUGUUUAGGGCCAAACCACACUGUAAAGAUAGACGUCCUCAAAAUGAAAUAGUCAUCAAACUAACACUAACAAGUAGGGAUACUCAGAACUACACUGAACAUUGUGGACGUCGAGCCUCAUCUUCCCUAGUAAAACUAGAUAGGUAAGAAAGUUUAAAGAUAAAUACCUCAAUAGCAGACAAUAAAGUCCUAUGGUAAAGAUUGAUAAAAGGAAUCAAUGUAAGCAAACACAUAUUGUAAUGGCACAGAAGCUAUUUCAAACACAUUGUAAUGGCACAGAAGCUAUUUCAAACACAUUGUAAUGGCACAGAAGCUAUUUCAAACAAACUUUUCAUAGUAAUUGUAUUAUAAACAUUGUCACAGGUUUGUUUAAAAUCACCGCUUUCAUAUAAAUCAUAAAAUGAUUGACUGUAAAUGGUUGAUAACAAGCAUGACAAUAAUGAAGGUUGAUCUUUCCGUUGUAAAAUGUAACCAUGUGUGGUGUAUAGGUAUGGCCUGUACACAGUUGUCUGGUAGUAUGUAACCAUGUGUGGUGUAGGUAUGGCCUGUAUACAUAGUUAUCCUCUCUCCUGCCUGUUCUUCUAAAAAAUUAGCAGUUUAUUCUCAGCAAAGUUUGUCAUAAUGACAUUCACUUUUGAUAUCAAAAUGAUGAGAUUGGUUAUUAUGUAAACAAUUAAUGGAUAUUCAAUAUAUUUCAAUCUUUAAUGGCAGCAUGAACAAUAUACAAUAUACAUAUCAAGUAUUUGUAACAGAGAACAUUGUUUUUGUGCAACACUUUAGUAGCUAAUCUGUGCUUAUAUAAGGUAAAUUUGGACAGUUUUGAAUUGAAAAUCAUCACAGCUCAUUUUGAAAAAUCAUUAUUGCAUACAUAUCUAUACUACAAAAUAGUUAGCUUGCUCACUCAGACUAUCUGCUUUCAGAUUUUAUGACGAGGCCAUGAUUAUUAAAAGGAGUCGGUGUUUUAGACGAAUAUAUCUACAGGAUACAGCGCUAGUACUGCUGUAUUUGGGAUCAACAUGAUGACAUUGAUGUGCAUCAUUUUCAUCAAUUAUACAACAACUACAUAUAACUAUCUUUCUGGCUGAUUUUAAAUCUUAGAGGGCCAUCUUGUCCUCUACUUGGUUAAGACAUUUUCUAUUUCUUCUCAGUUUCAUACUUGUUGACAGCAUUUGUGGAUUUAUGUUGUUCUCAGCCAGAGAAUAACCACUGCUAGCAGAGUCUCAUCUAGUUGAUUCUUUUCAUCAUAGAAAAAAAUGGCCCAAUUUUAUAGAACAAAUUUCCCCAAAGACCUCAUCAGCACCCUUGUCGAACACCCAGGAUUUUUUCCGGAAUACUUUUCAAUUAUUCAAUUAAACAUAACACAUCGUCGUCCAUGUUACUCGCACAGGUCUGUACCCAUAACACAUCGUCGUCCAUCUAACCCACAGAGGUCUGUACUCAUAACACAUCGUCGUCCAUGUAACCCACACAGGUCUGUACCCAUAUCACAUCGUCGUCCAUCUAACCCGCAGAGGUCUGUACCCAUAACACAUCGUCGUCCAUCUACCCCACACAGGUCUGUACCCCUAACACAUCGUCGUCCAUCUACCCCACAGAGGUCUGUACCCGUAACACAUUGUCGUCCUUCUAACCCACAGAGGUCUGUACCCAUAACACAUCGUCGUCCAUCUAACCCACAGAGGUCUGUACCCGUAACACAUUGUCGUCCUUCUAACCCACACAGGUCUGUACCCAUAACACAUCGUCGUCCAUCUAACCCACAGAGGUCUGUACCCCUAACACAUCAUCGUCCAUCUAACCCACACAGGUCUGUACCCAUAACACAUCGUCGUUCAUCUAACCCUCAGAGGUCUGUACCCCUAACACAUCGUCGUCCAUCUAACCCGCAGAGGUCUGUACCCAUAACACAUUGUCGUCCAUCUAACCCACAGAGGUCUGUACCCCUAACACAUCGUCGUCCAUGUAACUCACACAGGUCUGUACCCAUAACACAUCGUCGUCCAUGUAACCCACACAGGUCUGUACCCAUAACACAUCGUCGUCCAUGUAACCCACACAGGUCUGUACCCAUAACACAUCGUCGUCCAUGUAACUCGCACAGGUCUGUACCCAUAACACAUCGUCGUUCAUCUAACCCACAGAGGUCUGUACCCAUAACACAUCGUCGUCCAUCUAACCCACACAGGUCUGUUCCCAUAACACAUCGUCGUCCAUGUAACUCGCACAGGUCUGUACCCAUAACACAUCGUCGCCCAUCUAACCCACAGAGGUCUGUACCCAUAACACAUUGUCGUCCUUCUAACCCACAGAGGUCUGUACCCAUAACCCAUCGUCGUCCAUCUAACCCACACAGGUCUGCACCCUAACACAUCGUCGUCCAUCUAACCCACAAAGGUCUGUACCCCUAACACAUCGUCGUCCAUGUAACUCACACAGGUCUGUACCCAUAACACAUCGUCGUCCAUCUAACCCACACAGGUCUGUUCCCAUAACACAUCGUCGUCCAUGUAACUCGCACAGGUCUGUACCCAUAACACAUCGUCGUUCAUCUAACCCACAGAGGUCUGUACCCAUAACACAUUGUCGUCCUUCUAACCCACAGAGGUCUGUACCCAUAACACAUCGUCGUCCAUCUACCCCACACAGGUCUGUACCCCUAACACAUCGUCGUCCAUGUAACUCACACAGGUCUGUACCCAUAACACAUCGUCGUCCAUCUACCCCACACAGGUCUGUACCCCUAACACAUCGUCGUCCAUCUAACCCACACAGUUGUCCUAUGGAAAUCCGCACUGUCUUUUGAAUAAAUUCUGAACACCACAACAAUGUAAAAUUGAUAACACUACAUUGCUAAAGUUUAUUUUAACAUUAUAACCCUGAUGAAACCUAUCCUAAACCUCGAGCUGUUGGCACUUGUCAACAUUGACGACUUUGGUUUGACAGAGUUCCAAUAUUUCCUGGCAUCCUAUUUUCCUCCAUGGCCUACGUUAAUAUAGACAGAACACACAGUACAGAAAGUAUGGAAAUUAAAACACCACCUCGGAUUCAAUUUGGUAGCAUAUACUCUUGCCUUUUUUGUGUCUAGCUAUUGGCUGUAAUGCUUGUUGUAAUCAUUUCAGCAUCCCUGAUUGCUGUGACCAUAGCAUACCAGUGUUGUGUCUGUCAUCAAAUAUAGGAAGUACAUAAAUUGUAAUCUUCAUUAAUUGUUAGCAUUACAAAUAAUAUCACCGUCAUUUUGAUAUCAGAUAUAUCAUUGUAGCUGAUUUUUUUCAUAUUAUAUAAAUAUGCAAUAUUAGUAUACAACAUCAGAUGCAAAAUAACUCACGAAUGGUAAAAUUGUUGAAACAUAAGAAUAUCAAAAGUCAACCAGGCUUGUUGAUGCCACAAAUGGUUACAGAUUUACAGAGUGCUUGUAACAUGAUGGUAUUCUAUUCAAUAUGGAUAUUCUAGUAUAAAACUUGUAUUGUUUAUCAUGUGAAGCCAGUAAGCCACACUUAAUUGACAUCUUGUUAUGUAUUCUUGUGUAUCGCUUUAAUUACACAGGUAUCUUUGUUUAUGUGUGAUGGU